AUGUCGAUUGCAACGCAGGGGACUAUCCCCAUGCCCAAGAUCAUGAAGGCAGACGAGUACUGGAACGCUGCGCAGAGGGAAGCUUUUCUCGCCUUUGCAGAUGCCAUCGUCCCUGAACUCGACGACAUCGACGCUGCUGAUGUCCUAUCUCACCUUCCUGCCCAGGCCACCGAGCGUCAGCGCGAGCUCGCCCCGCGAUUCGCUAAGGAAGGCUUCAGGUCGACGCCUCGACUGCUCGACUGUGCCGCCCAGCAAUGCUCCGCCUCCCUGUCGAGCAAGGUGGCCGGCGACAUCAACCUCUUCCUCACCCUCCUCUCCACCCGUCCUGGCACCAUCGCCCUCUCCGGCUACGUCGGUCCCUUCACCCAGCUCGACCGCCCAACUCGAGAAAAGAUCAUCUUUGGCUGGUUCACAUCCCGUCUGACGCUCCUCCGCAAGGCGUCCGCUGGUCUCAGGGGCAUCAUCUUGCUCACCUACUACCGCAACCACCAGCCAGCCUGGGAAGCCAUCGGAUAUCCGGAUGGUCGCCCCGAUGACUGGACGCGUCCCAUCCAAGGCGGUGAGGCUGCUCCCGCCGCACCGAUCUACGACUACAAGUUCGAAAACGAAAAGGUGGCUGCUCAGCCAUCCGGUUCCGAGAUCAUCGUCGACACCGAAGUGCUCGUCAUCGGCUCUGGCUCCGGAGGCGGUGUAGCAGGUAGCUAUCUCGCCCAGCGCGGAGUGCGCACCCUUAUCGUCGACAAAGGCAUCUAUCUUCACCCAGACAAGGUCGUCGGCCGAGAGGAUCAAGGGUACGGCCUCCUCUACGAAGGCGAAGGUAUCUUGCCAUCCGAGGAUGGCUCCAUCAACAUUCUUGCCGGCUCCACCUUCGGUGGUGGAUCGUCCAUCAACUGGUCAGCCUCGCUCAAGCCUCGACACUUUGUGCGCAGAGCUUGGGCCGAAAAGUACGGCGUCCCUUACUACAACAGCCCUUACUUUACCUCGGACCUUAACGCUGUUUGCACGCGCAUGGGUGUUGCGGUUGCCCCCAUCCGUCACAACAUCGGCAACUCGCUCCUCGCGCUUGGAGGCCAACGCGCUGGGCACCCUGUCGAGCCCGUGCCACAGAACUCCGGCGGCCACACGCACUACUGUGGAAAGUGCCAACUGGGCUGCAUCUCCGGCCACAAACAAGGUGGCAUCGUCUCAUGGCUCAAGGACGCCGCUGAGGCUGGCGCCGCUUUCAUGACCAACUGCUACGUAGAGCGCAUCCUCUUUGACAAGAACAAGCGCGCCAUCGGUGCCCUCGCAACCGUUGAUGGACGCAAGAUCAAGAUCCUUGCGUCCAAGGGCGUUGUCGUCUCGUCAGGCUCGCUCCAGACUCCCGCUCUGCUCCUCCGUUCGCCCGAGCUCAAGACAAACAAGAUGAUCGGACAGACCCUUCGACUCCACCCAGCCACCGUUGUGACCGGCUACUACAACUUCCCCGUCAACCCAUGGGAAGGAGGACUGCUUACCAUGGUGGACAAUUCUGCUGAGAUGGUCGAUAAGGACGGAUGGGGCUGCAAGAUUGAGGUCGUCGCUUCCUCCCCCUCCAUUCACGCUGCCUUCAACAACUUCGCUAGUCCAAAGGAGCACAAGUCUCGCAUGCUCCAGUACAGCCACAGCUACACCAUGGUCAUUAUCUGCCGCGAUCGUGACAGCGGACGCAUCGUGCUUGACGAACGGGGCCAGGCUCGAAUUGAAUACACCAUCUCAAAGUUCGACCAGCGUUCCUUGCUCCAAGGUAUCCUUCGUGGAGCCGACGCGCACCUUAUGGCUGGUGCAGAGGUCAUCUGCACCGCCCAGGCAGCCGUUCCAGCCUUUGUUGCCAGCUCGCUGAGCACUACCAAGCCUCGCACCCAUAAUGGCGCACCCAACCUUCCCGCCCCUCCUGCAGACAGCAUCUUCACCGAGACCACUCAGGUGCCAGCGACCUUCACUCCAGUGGAGACUGCACCUCGUGAUCUGAACGAUCCCGCCUACAAGGAGUGGCAGAAGCAGGUAUCCACCGCCGGCGCCGCUCCCUACAUCCUCUCGAUCGGCUCUGCUCACCAGAUGGCUUCUUGUCGCAUGGGUGCUGAGCCCAAGAUCUCUGCACUCGACCCCGAGGGACGUGUUUGGGGAGCCAAGAACCUCUGGGUCGCCGACGCAUCUGCCAUGUGCGAGUCGAGCGGUGUCAACCCAAUGAUCACCACGAUGGCAACGGCGCGCGGCGUUGCUCGCAACGUUGCCCGCGACAUUGGUGCCGUCGCCCCACUCCAGCUUCGCUCCGAGGGUGCCGGCGAGCAAGCCCGCCUGUAG